UAAACGCACCAUGACGCAGCAGGUUAGGCCAAUUCCGAUUGGACCGUUCAGCAGUCGGAAAAACAGGAUACGCCAUAUUUACAGGUUUUGAAGAGUACGGAGCGCUACAUUUCUGGUUAAAAAUGACAGUAUAGUUGAUUCCAUGAACAGUUGACGCUAAGAUGGCGCACACUGGAGCAACAGAAGCGGGAUCCAUGGAGGAUGGAUCUGCCAAGCAGGGGUCCGGGGUCUGCCUGCGAACUCGGUCAAGCUCCAGUGAGAGAGAUGGUCGGGUUCGGGCUGUCAGAGCCAUUCUUCUUUCCAAGCUGGGCCCAAACGAGCCCCAUCUCACCUAUCUACAGUCCGUCCUGGUGUGGGAAAGACCUCUUCAUAGCAUUCUGCUCUACAUUGUUAUCAACGUAGUGUUCUGGUUUUUUGCCCUAACGUCACUGCGCCUGCUGUUCCUGCUGGCGUCUGGCCUCGCUGUGCUUGUAGUUGUUGAUACCUGGAGGAAUAGGAUCUGGCCAGAGAUCAGAGUCAGAAAGCUGGAUGAAUCAGAAAAUGAGAGCUGGGGUCUGGUACAGCCCGGUGUCCUCAGCGUGCCUGAGCUGUGCCACCACCUUGCAGAGGCCUGGGUCAGUGCAUCGGUUUUCAGAUCCGAUAUGAUGGAAUACAAACGUCAAAACCCUGGCAAUUUCUGCAUCAUGACCUGUGGCGUGUUCUCCUGCUUGGCUCUGAUUGGAAACUACGUCCCUGGAUUGGUGCUCUCCUACUCUGCCUUGCUAGCCACCCUCCUGGCCCCUCUGGGUGCCUAUCACAGGGUUUUCCAGGGUGUGUGUGCGAAGCUGGAGCCAGCCCUGCAGAGGCUGGACUUCAGCGUUCGUGGAUACAUGAUGUCAAAGCCCAUCGACAACCAAUUCCUGCGAAUGCCGAUCCGCAGUGCAGCCUCGGGUGAAGCCAGCGACAGUGAGGAGGAGUUGGCUGCUUUCUGCCCAACUUUUGAUGAUGCUGUUGUUGCAAAAGAACUUGCCUUGACCGACUCUGAACACUCCGAUGCCGAGGUGUCCUACACUGAUAACGGGACAUUCAACCUGUCGCGAGGUCAGACCCCGCUCACAGAGGGCUCUGAAGAUCUCGACAGACACAGUGACGCAGAAGAAUCUUUUGCCCAAGACCUCCCAGACUUCCCAUCCAUUAACCCCGAUGCCACCCUGAUGGAUGAUGAAGACGACACAAGCAUCGGACUGCCCAGUCUGGGUCUGUCUGGACCUGCUAGUCACCGGGCCUCAGUGCUGGAUGUUGAUGCUCAUCUGGACUCGGAUCAGGAGGAUCUGGACUCAGAACUUUCUCUCGGCGGUCUUCCACCUGUCUCAGAUAUCAGUGGAGACUUGGCUGGAGUCAUUGCCAGCAACAUGAUUCAGGCAGCGCUGGCGGGCGCAAUGCAACCUCGGCCUCCCACCACUCAACGCAGGCAAGGUCACCCUCAGGUCGGGGGCCACCGGAGCUACCGCAAACAGUCCAGCUCUGAGUUUGACACGGACUUGGAUGCAGAAGACUUUGAAAUGCUGGAUCAGUCUGAACUGAACCAGAUGGAUCCCUUCGGAGGGGGGGGUUCUAGACGGGGUGACAGCCAGGGGUCUAACUUCUUCUCCAGCCUGCUUGGUAAACCACAGUGAAGUGUGUGUGUGUGUUUUGCUGAGGGUGUGCAGUUAUGUGGGUAGAGUGUAAAAUGAUGAUUGUGUGUGUGUGUGCGUGCGCGCACGCGCGUGUGUGUGUGCGUGUGAGGUGAUUUUAGGUUCCAGCAGCCCUGCUUCUGGUAGGCAUCAGUAAGUCACUGUGAAGUAUUUCAUUCUCCUCUUUUUAAAUCCUUGUUUUAUACGUUUGAAUUCUUGAUGAUGGAGUUUUUAGGUUGUAGGCUGAGCAAUAGGAAACACAAAAACAAAGUAAACUACAUCACACAUUUGGGUACACGGCAUUGUUCGUACCCAGAACACACAGAUCCGCCCUGUGAAACCUUUUUUUACACAGAGGACUUGACCUUCAGGGCUUUUUAUUGUAGGACCAAAUGUGACAUUCCUGUUGCUUAACCUGAGCCGUCUUUGAUGAGUAAUGACAGCAUGAAGGAGCUUUUAAUGUUAAAGUGCAUUCAGUCAUUGCUGGAGUCGUCGAUCCUUCAUGAACCAGUUAUCAAACCUUUGAGAUGGGAUUUAGUGGUGGGACGUUUCUGUCCUCUUAUGAGAGGGGGGGUUAUUUUAUGUUGCAUGUUUUCAGAGCUUUUAGCUUUUAAACUCUUGUUAGCUGUUGUGUUUUCUAAAAUUUCACUGAUCUGCAUAAAAAUUUGAAUUGUCAGGAUGACUCCGCUGUUUUGUUUUUCUGAUUACAGAAGCAAACAUCUGUCUUUGGGAGCUUAUUUAGUCGGCCACAUCAGUCUUACCUGAACCAGCAGAGUACUGUUAUAUUUGUGCAGUAUAUUUAUGAAUGUGUGGAAAUAGUGUUGAUUAUUUUUAGUUUGGCUGUCCCUGCACGAGCUGUCUCUAUGACGUGUUUCUCGUUUGUAAAGAAAUCCCAGAUCAGAUCAAAUCACUUUAAAUUGGAUCAUUUUUGAUGGAUUCAACAGCCAGGCUGAACUUUAUGGGAUCGUCAUCAAAUUCUCUGUUAGAGCGUAUUGUUAAAUUGACCCAUGUUUACAUCAAAUUUGGAUUAAAAAAAUGUUUUAGUUGUUCAUCUAUAAAUGCUUUCUUUUGAGCUGAUCAGCCUGAUUCUUCAAUAAAUAAGAAAGAGGAAAUGGCACUUUAAACCAAAAAAUAUUAAGUUAAGAUUUUAUUGAAAUCCAAAUAUCGAGUCUAAAAUUCUGUUUUUAAUAGAAAACCACAUUAAUCUUUCUUUAGUUAUUUUUAUUAUUGUUUUUCAUGAGUUUGCAAGAUUUUUACCACAGCAUAAUACAGCUGUGUGGUGUAAAAAGCUGCACUGAUGGAAUCUUGCUGACACCUAAAAUGUUCCCUUUGUAGGAUUCAGUCUGAAUCUUCCAAGCUGCUUCAUGAAAAGUCUAACAAAUCUUCAGCAGAGGUGAUCCUGUGAUGUGCUUAGUGCUGAUUUCUCUGUCUGGUUUGCAGAUGUUUUGAAACUGCAUUGAAUAAAAUGUUUGCAAAGA